GAUAUCACAACUGGCAUUGACCGCUAAUGACACGAGCUCUCAAGAUCUCACAUAUCAUCCCGCAGCGAAGUAUCUACAGCUACAUCCACAAGAGAACAAUGUCCUCAACACCAUCCCUACCAAAGUUCAUCGUCUGGGCACCCGACUACACCGAUGAGGGUGCUCUCCAACGAAGACUAGCAGUAAGACCGACCCACCUCGAGAACAUCAAGAAACUCGUCAGUCAAGGCACCCUACGCCUCGGCGGAGGGUUCAUGACCCCCGAAUCCGUCGACGCAGCUGCAGCAGACAAAAAGUUUCUCGGCUCGUGCAUAAUUUUCGAGGGCGAGAACAUCGAUGUCGUGCGUAAGCUCGUGGAGGAGGAUAUUUACUAUAAGACCAAUGUAUGGGACAAGGAGAAACUCGUUAUUCUCCCUAUCGCAUUGGCAACGGCCCUUCCGCCUGUGCCUUCUUGAUGCCUGCAGAUACCGAAGAUGCUACUUAUAAAUGGAAGAUGUUAGCAACCAAUGUGAUAAUAGCACACAAUCGCAAUCCAAAACAAGACUUUUGGCGGGGUACCGCGGCAAUUUUGAAGAAGGGCCGCGAGGCCUAAGCUUUUUGAGCUUAUCUGUAGUUCUCCGCCCGCUCUUGAUCCCCAACAAGUCCCCGAGAUAACAAUAUCUCAUUGUCUUUUCGAAGCCACCAAACCGCUUGAACGCAGAAACCCCAGAAAACUUCAAUGAGCCACGCGAUUCCCUGAUGUCCCUGCAUGAUGCCCUACGUUAAAUAUGGACCAACAGUCACCAAGCCAGCGAAACAAUAGCAUGAUUGACGCGCAACACUGUGAUCCCGUCGAUUAUCAUACCUGCGAACCCUAUUGUUUUCCCGAAAGAGACAUUGCACGGGGGGUUUCCAUCACGGAGU